UCUCUAGUUGAAGAAGAUGAUGAUGUUAUUGCAGAAGCCACUUGCCAUCUUCAGCUGCCUAUUCCUCUUCAUGGCCAUAUAUUCCACAGCCCAAUCUCCUCCGGUGCUCGACACCGACGGCCGUCCUCUGCAGCGCGGUGUCGAGUACUUCAUCAAGCCCGCCGUCACCGACGUUGCUGGCAACCUUACCCUGUUAACCCGCAAAGGUGAUCCUUGCCCGUUCCAUGUCGGUCAAGUACCUCUUCGUUCGACAGAUAUAGGUUAUUAUAUUCUCAAUCUUAGGUUUUUGGCGGGUGAAGAUACAAUAAGAGAAGGAAGAGAUUUGAAGGUCGUGUUCCAAGCGUUUUCAAUUUGCAUAACGUCGACUGCAUGGAGAGUGGGCGAGACGGAGCCUACCACUGGAAGAAGGUUGGUGGCGACCGGGAACGACGAUACCGCCACCGGGUUCUUCAGGAUCGACAAGAGCGACCUUGGAGUUUACAAUCUGGGAUGGUGUCCCUCGGAUGUCCCCAUUAGAGGGAGGCCAAGGUGUGGAAGGGCUGGAAUUUUGGUUGAGAAAGGAGUGAGGUUGCUGGCUUUGGAUGGCUCUGCGUUUCCUUUCGAGUUUGUGAGAGCUUAAUAACAAGAGAAAGAACUUGAAUUUCUUACCAGAGAAAAUGUGUGUAAUUUGUUGCAAUUGCACUAAAAAUAAAAUAAAUAAAACUCUUGUAAGAUGUUUACUUUAUG